UGUAGUAAUGCAUCAUUUGAACUCAGAUUCAUAAACGUUUUCGAGCGGAUUUUGAAAUUCAGGUAACGACUCCGGUGAGAUUCGACCGUUUGGAACUAGCCGUUGUAGGAAGACGACACUGAGUAACGGCUAGAAUAGGCAACAGACGGGAGAACUCGGGAAGGGGAGAGAGGAGAGAGGGGAGAUCUCAUUUCGUAGCCGAUUUUUUCUAGCGGUGCUUCCACAGAAUCUGUACACAAUAUUGUAAACCUCACAAAGAUCACAACUAGUUAUCCAAUCCAUUACAGAUGAGGUUCUUCUUAUACAAUGGGAGAAUAGAAACAUCUUAACAAAAAUAAAACAAUUGAGUUUAAAUUUUGAGCUUUGUACUUUUUCUUAUGUUAGCAGGAGAGAUAAUCAAGUUGCAAAUGCAUUUGCUAAAUCUGUUAGAAGCACUGUUAUAAACAUCAAUCUGUCUAAUAAUUUUCCGGCUGAUUUUUGUAGUCUUCUGGCAAGAGACAAUCACUCUCAAAUCAGGAUUGCUGUGUACAAAACACUCUACACAUUUGGAAGUUAUAUGCCUGAUGUCAUGGCUGCAGUUGACCAGUUAAUUUGGUCGAAAAAAUUCGGUGAUAAAUUCUGUUACGAGUUGGAAUUCAAUUGGAGUCGAAUAUUGCUACAAUGGCCAAAAGCCUUUGCCCGCACCUUUCUUAGAAAUUGCAAAGCAGUCUCCAUGGGUUGGUACAAAGUUUUACUUCUGUGGUUUCAGGUUAUAAAUUCUGUUACGAGUUGGAAUUCAAUUGGAGUCGAAUAUUGCCACAAUGGCCAAAAGCCUUUGCCUGCACCUUUCUUAGAAAUUGCAAAGCAGUCUCCAUGGGUUGGUACAAAGGUUAUAAAUUCUGUUACGAGUUGGAAUUCAAUUGGAGUCGAAUAUUGCUACAAUGGCCAAAAGCCUUUGCCUGCACCUUUCUUAGAAAUUGCAAAGCAGUCUCCAUGGGUUGGUACAAAGAUAGUGAUGAUGUUCUGUGGAGAUCCACUAAUUCCUAUCAUUGUUACUCCUCUGGGUUCAGACCCAUUUAGUAAUUUCAGUACAGUGGUAGUAUUAUGAGUUAUAUAUUCAACUGGAACAUGGUAUGAGUACACCAACCGGUACAGGGGUCAAUCUUAUAAUAGUUGGAAUGGUUUGGGUGAACUGUUUCAAGGGUACCUUGAUGAUGGAACCAUUAGGAGUGUUAGAUAAUGCAAUGCUGGCGAAGACUGUACUGAGAGAGGUCUUCAAACACGGUGGUGCAAUCAUACAGUGAGGAGGCGUUGCUUCUUCUUUCUUCCUGUAACGUGAUUACAUUGUAAAUUUUCUGCAUAAUACUGUAAAAUUCGUGGCAACUAUUUAAUUUUUUUCACUGUUUAAUUGGGGGUAUGGAAUGUUUUAAAUGUCUAUGUAAUAUAUUUGAUUGGUAGAAAAUUUAUUAGGUCAUGUUUGUUGUAUGGGUACAGUUUAUUUGUUUAAUAGAUUGGUGAUUUUUU